GCGAGCGCUCGGGCCAGUCGAGCGCCAGAGCCGUCGGAGCAGAGACGCGCGUGCGGCCGAUUGUCGAGGAGCGCUGCGCGCCACGCCAAGAGCUAAGCAGUCCGAGGAAAAGUGCCGCUGCGGUUGGCAGACGUCGCGGAGUGCGGCCGGGCUACGAGAUGACGAACGGCAAGUGGUCGCUGAUCGCGGCGACGGUGCUGUCGGUGUCGCUGCUCGGCUCGCUGACCGAGGGCUUCGUCACCACGGGACCGCAGUCGUCGCCGUCGUCCCAGUCAGGCUCGUCGCUCAGUCUCGUAACGACGGACAACGAAGUGACGCGCGAACCCAUUGGGACGCCGGCGAACGAAGAUAACGACGACGACGACAACGAUGACGACGAGAAGGAGGAGGAAGAGGGGGACGACGAAGUCGAUGCUUUUUCAUCGAUGAUGGGCAUGCAAGCGGCAGCCUCGCCAGGUGGACAAACCGUUUACGUGAUCGAGUUCGAGAGCGAAGCCGAAAAGGCUGCUGCUGGUGGCAACGGUCACCGUAACCGCGACGGCAAGGAUAUGUCCGAUGACGGCGCCGACGCUCAGAGUCCGCUGGACCCAUGGUCGAUCGUCUGGUACAUCGGCUCGUUCGGCGGCCUCAUCGCGUUCUUCCUCAUAGUCAGCUGCUCCGAGUGGUGCUGCCGGCGCGGUGCGCGCAGCCCGCUCAACAUGCCCUACACGCAGCGCGGCGAGGUGCUCAAUGCGACGGCGGUGGCGGCUGCGGGCAACAACCAGACGGUCGUCACGGAGUCGCCGCCACCGCCGUACCACCUGUUCGCGCCGCCGCCCUACGACUCUAUCAACUACGCGGAGAUCGCGGACAAGGGGCCGGCGGGCGAGAAGCUGGACAUCUACGUGAUCAGCCUGCCCAUCCAGGCGGCGCCGGCCCAGCCGCCGCCCGCGUAGAAACACGUCCUCCUGGUGGCCAAGUCCCGGCUGCUGGGAACCAGGAUCCUGCUGAUGCUCACGGCCGACUACGCCAGAGUCAGGCCCGCCAGGCGCGCCAGGCCCGUCGCGGCGCUACCGCUCCAGCUGACCGCCAGUCGCGAGGACGACGACGACGAGGACGACGACGACGACGACGACGACGACGGCGACGGCUGCGCCGCUCAGCGCGAGAGGUUCUAACCGCGCGCGCGCGUCGCCGAAGGGCCCAUCGGCGUUCGGGCCGACCGCCUCCGCCUUUUCCUUCGCCGGCGAAACGGAAAAGCACGCGGGAUCGUGUCAUUUUUCUGCAGAGGAGAGGGGUCCGACGCGUGAAAGCCGGUACGACUCGGCGGUGAGCGCGCGUCACGUCUGCCGUAACGGGUAUUAUCGCGAACGCGCCGUACGUGCGCGGCAAGCAGAGCCGCCGACGGAUAAAUCAGCGGUCAAUGAAAGAGAAUUUCGCUAUUUGUGUGCGCGCGAGAGUGAGCGAGAGAGAGCGAGAGAGGCCGACGCGCGGCGCUCCGUUCGACCUCGAUCAUCGGCUGCGCGUGCCUGUAUUGCGCGCGCGUAUGCGCGUGUGUGCGUGUGUGCACGCUCGCAUCCUAGUUAAAAGCAAUUUUUGCCACGAGCAAUAUCGUCGACGACGACGACAACAACAACAAAAGCGGGCCACUGGUUAAAAGAGAAAGAAAAAAAAAAAUAAAGUCAUUCCGAGCAAGCGCGCCUCGCCAACUCAAUUAUGGAAAUCUCAUUUUUUUUUAUUAUUUUUUUUGUCUUUUUGGCGAGCGCGCUCGAACGCCACUUUAGUAUUAUAAAACUUGCGCGCUUUCAACGCCGGCGCAUCGAGAGAGUUGGCGAGAGAGCGAGAGAAGGGGGGAAGGGGAGGAGGCGAGCGCGAAAUAAUAGACUGAUCUCGCGGCGAGCGAGGAGUAGCUGCGCGCUGCUCUUUUGCCUCCGUCGUGGGCUAGAGGCUGCGAGGAGGCGAGCUGCAAGCCGUACGAGAAAAUCGACUGGCGUCAACUACACGAUCUCAGCUAGUCUCUGUGCAUAGAUGUAAAUUGGGCAUUUUUCGCCUGCCGGCGCCUCUGUAUCUGUACAUAUAUAUACUUUUCGAGGGAAAAGCGGCUCUCGGGCCAAUGUAGACAACGCGUGGCGCGUGUACAAUGGUGUGUGUAUGUGUGUACGUGCGCGCGCGUCUGUAUUGCCGCAUGAAAUAAAGCAUCGAGAGCCAGUCGCGAGCCGCGACAUCGAGAUGAUGGCGAGUGCACGACGUGAGAGAAUGAGCGAGCGCAGCGCGGAAACGAGUCGCUAAGUUAUUUUUUAUACUUUUGUACGCUGUAUCUGUAUAUUGUAUUGUAUAUAUCAUAAUAUAACGUGUAGUCGAGCUGCUAUUAUUACUACCGAAACUGUGUAUACCGAGCGUUAUUGAAUGUUUUUUCGCAUUCAGCAUGCCAGAAUAAAUUUUCGUUUGG